GACCAUGAUCGCAAGAAGAUGUGGUAUGAACGUGGCAGAGAUUGGAAAUUAGAUGGCAAGCAUGAUCAGUGGGGGCCCUUGUUCCACAUACAGGCGGUGAAAUUGGCGUACAUGUUAUCAGCGAUGAAUGAUAUCCAGCAGUGCGUCGAGACUGUGGCUGAUAUGAUCUGCCCCGAGAAAGACGUCCGAAAUUCAAUGAAGAUUCCACUUGGGGAGACUGUCAGGUUGAACAUGGUGAAGCUGGACACGCUCACGAUGCUGCACCAACGAAUGUGGUACGAUGACAUGAAAGAGAAGACAUCCAUGAGCAUCCUCAUCGAUUCAAGCCCUCAGGGUGGUUACGAUUUCUUCAACGCCAUUGUAGAUUUUUGCGUGCAGACCGCGCCCACAUCCGAGCUGCAUCUUGAUCCACUCGGUGGUUUUACUUUCAUUCGUCGUCGCCUGCCUGUUUCGACGCUGGGCUACACCGAUACGGCAUCGAAGCUCACGAAGCUCGCGAACAUGAUCCUCUUGGAGAUCGGGGAAGAAAACUUCAUGCGAUUCAGGGAGGGCGUGAAGCACCUGACAUCAGAUCAGGGCGUAGAGAAGCACGUGGCGAGCGCACCUUUCGGGGAACCCGAUGAGUUGCGACAAGUUCUUGCAGAUCUGAAGGGUAAGAGGUUGUCGUUUGCAGGUCCUGGUUGCCAAAGGCUGUAUUUCCUUAUGAAUGCGAUGGAAGUCCCUGAUCAUUUACAUAGUUGCUUCAAUGCGGUUGAAGAGGCGAUCGCAGCUAUUCCAGAGUGGGCACAAUUCGAACCUUUACUUAAGGCCGUCACGGCCGUAUUCAGGCACGAGAAGGACAGACUCUUGGCAACGACUUUCAAGCACGCGCCUUCGCAUGUCAGGAAGGUCGUGCACGAGUUUAGUGGGCAGCACGUCGAUUGGAGAUGGGGGCAUUUGGAAGAGACUUUACACAGCAUCAACAUGGUUUGGAAAUAUCUUUGCGAGUAUUUCGACCCAUCAGAUAUGAACAUAUCGACAGAGAGGAUUGCCCGCUGCCGCAAGGCCAUCGCGCAGAAGGAAUGGUUCAACGCCAUGUCUUUCACCAUUCAUGUCUUCCUGAUGGCGGCGGGCAAGGAAAUUUCGUGGAUGGAGGGUUGCACCUGCCAUGAGCAUUUGAUUGUCGACGCCAGCAGCUACAAGGCUCGCCGCAAGUUGUUGAGGAAAGCUCUUGACGACAAGACUUUAUGCUGCCCCUGGAUGGGCAGGCGAGGUGUGCAUUUUGCCUUGGGUCAUUGCGCUGGUAUGUUCGAGAGGGUUCGCGCAGCCACCUCGCAGUCAUUCCAGGAGAUGCUUCUUGAAGUCGACUCCACCACAGCGGGCAGGAUGAUGCAGAUCAAGACUAGCAUUACUGAGCGGUGGUGCAGCGUGGUCGGGGACAAGCUGAGCUUCUGGAACCACGUGCCGCACAAGAUAGUCGGCGCGUUCGCUGAGCACUUCGGCUUCGACGCGGCAUUCCGUGAAGUUCGAGACCGGGCACUUGCGAAUUGCGUCGGUCGGGUCAUAGAGGCUGAGCACAAGCAGACGAAGGGCGCAGUUACUCGAAACUUCACCUACGCGAAGCCAGCUGUGGCGUGCGCGAGGCAGCGCAAGUUGCAGACCCUGUCGACCCUGGAUGACCCCAAAGCGAUGCACUGGCUCGUGCAGCAAUGGUCCGACAAAGAUCAUUGGAAGAGAGUUCUGGCUCACGUAUCACAGGGGGACGAGGUCUCCCGUCUCACUCUGGCGCAGAGGCACGAGAAGGUCUACCAGUGCAGUGCCGAUGAUCAGUAUGAGGACGUCUCUGUUUUGCAGUCUGCGGUCUCGGCUUGGGGCGCUCAUGAGAGGGCUGCUGAUAAUGCUGGCGGUGUUCACUUGUCCGCUGAGUCUCGCCUGAUGAUCACAUUCUUCAAGAAUACUUUUGAUAGAGGAUCGAUCCUGAGUAUGCCGCAGGCCGCCUGGGACGCAGGAUCGAAUUUCGAUGGCGUGCCGCAUGAUGGACUUACUUCUUCUGACCUUGUUGAGGUUCUGCUUGACCCAGACACGGAACCAGACUAUUUGUGGCAGCAGGUGUUUUUCGAAGUUGUCGACGCGAAGCCAGAGUCCAAGCAACAGUUGAGAAUUAGGCACGUUGCGAAGAACUCGACAUCUAUCAACGUUCAGGUUUUCAAGGUUAUUGAAUGGUCCGAUGGUCCUACAGUGACGCUGCGCGCGGUGCCUGGCAUCGUGCGCUUUGAUCUCCUGUGUUUGAACAGCGCAGGCCGCCUGAGGGAUUUCACGGAGCACUUCGUCAAGUGGAACAUCGGAGAGUCCACUCGCAAGGUCGAUCUCAUUCCUUUGCCAGCGCCCGGAGCUCCAGGGAUGCUGCCUAUUCUUCACCCUGAAGUCCCCGACGAAGAGAUCGCGAUCGUGCCUGUCGGUGACGAUGCGCGCGAGCCGAAUGUCCUGACCCAUGGGGCUCGCCUUGUUGCACAGCACCUGGUUGACAUGAAGGCCUUCUCUGUGUGCGACGCUCGUGUACCACUUCUUGCACUACCAGACGCCAGUGGCAGAUCUAUUUCCGAGCUGGUCGAGACAGGCAUUGUGAUUGAGAGUGAGAAUGCAGAUUUUGGUGAUAUUGAAUAUUCAAUCGAUCUUAAACGCAUCAAGGUAUCGAUAGAUGCUCGUUGCAAUAGGCCCCUGCUUGAUAUAAGAUCGGAUGACCGCACGCCUCCGAGUCGCAUGGAUAAGCUUCAAUUGGUGAAGGUCCUUCUGCGCAAAGGCUGGACGCCACAGGCAGACGUGCCCCGGCAGCUUGUGCGAGGUGCUCACGUGUUCUUGACAGACGUCGCGAGGCGGCCCAAGAUGUACUAUCUGUGCCUAGCCAGGUCGGAUGCCAUCUUUGAGCGGCAAGCUGAUCUCGAACACAUCGACCAGUAUGCGACGGAGUCGUACUACAAGUGCAUCAUGUACAUGAAGAAUUUGAGCAGCAUCAUCGCCAUGGACGUGCCGAAUACUUCGGACAACACCUUCAAGGACACGUUCAAGGGUAUGCAGCCUUACGAGCUUGUGGAUGACAUGGGCGAUGACGGCGAGCCAGAGCUCGAAUUGGAGGAGCCUGCGCCCCCAGCCGCACUUCCUGCGGUUGCGCCACUACCAGCCUUGAUGCCAGACUUACACUUGCCCCCUGUGGUCUACGUGGAGGAUGGGGUUGAGUACAAGGCCGUCUUCGACAAUUUUACCCAUCCUAGUGGGCACAGGCGAGCAUACAUCUAUUGCCAUUAUCAUGAUGGGCGGUGCCGUCGAUAUCGUUUCCUUCGGAACUUCGAUAACGAGAACCACAUUUGUGCCUACUUGAUCGCCUGGGCGAGGCUGGGCCCCAUCGCGAUUCCAGACAAAUCUCAGAGGACGACACACGCCCUCACCUUCGAGCCCCCCGAGGAGGAGGUGGCUCGCAUGCGUGCCAUCUUGGAUGGCUAA